AUGAAAAAUCACGAGAAUCGUCCUACUGGCGCUGCACCAUUCCCCGAAGUGAAUGAGGUGUACGCCUACUACUCUAGGCAUGGAAAAGGUCAUGGCCCCAGUCGUGGCCAUGGUCGUGGUCGUGGUUGUGAUAAUGGUCAAGGAAGAAAUUCUUCUCUUAGUGUUAAUCAUUCAUCAAAGAAGAAUCACUACCAGAGAGGAAAAAAGAAGGAUGACAGGUAUGAAGUGCCAGAAGCACGUGGCUCAGAAAAUAAAUGCUAUCGAUGUGGUGGAAAUGGACACUGGUCACGUACCUGUCGUACGGCGAUGCACUUAGUUGAUCUUUCUCAGGCAUCAAUGAAAAGGAAAGAGAAAAAUCUCGAAGCCAAUUUUAUCUCUGAAAAUCAAAUUGACAUCACACACUUGGAUGUAGCAGAUUUCUUUAAGCACCUUGAAGGAAAGAUAGAUCACUUGAUUGAUGAUGGAUCUAUUGUUAGAGGUGAUUGA